AUGCCGCCACCAACGUCUGAUCUGUUUGCCGUUCAGGAGAUCAAUCAUGCUGGACGAGGUGUAGUAGCGAGCGAUUCCAUACAUCCCGACACAGUGGUGUACCAAAGCACGCCACCGGCGGCGCACGUCGUCUUCAGACAAUAUCGCCAAGAAGUGUGCGCUGAUUGCUUCUUCUAUGAUCGAGGGCAGCCCUGUCACGAGCAAUGGAGGGCGAAGCAGGGCGCUGUGGGCUUGGAAGCGUGGACGAAGCUUCACGACUUCAUCCAGAGCAAGUCGAAAAGCAUCACGAACAAUCACAGUCUACCAUCGUUGACCCCAAAGCCUGACGAGGAUGAGGUUCGCCGGACGUGGGAGGCAGCAGGUCAGACGGCAAUGUCCCUUCGCCAGAGCCGAGCAUCGACAGCAGAGUCCGAGACCAUUCUCAGGAGGACAGCAGCAAACAGUGCCUGGCCUCAAGUCGUUGAUCCCGACAUCUUGAGCUAUCUUCUAUCCGGAUGUCUCUAUCACAACAAAGAAGUGGCGUCCUACAUGGCGGACGUCGCGGAACUCGAAAUGGACACCAUGCCCUAUCGAAGCACUCCUGAUCUCCAGGCGCACAGUAACAGCUACAUCCAGCUCACAGCCUGUGCACCCGGAGAGCUUCUAUCUAGUGUCACGGAAUCUGUGUGCCAGACGCUGAUCAGUGCCGCUAGCCACAACUCCUUCGGCAUCCACGCUGGCAGCACUGACGGCGACGAAUAUCUAGGCUAUGGCCUGUAUCCUGGGGCUAGCUACUUCAACCACUCUUGCCGGCCUAACAUCAGAAAGCAACGUGUUGGGGCUGGGUGGGAGUUCCGAGCAUCGAAAGGGAUCACCCCGGGCGAACAGUGCUGCAUCACCUAUCUGGGCGGCGACGAAGAAGUGUGUACGGUCACUGAGCGGAGGAGCCGGCUGAAAGUACACUGGGGCUUCACUUGUGCGUGCAAACAGUGUGUUGAAGAGGCCGGUUGA